CUCCCAUGUGCUCUGUCUGGCGCUAAAAGUUUUGAGCUUCUCAAAAGUCAGAGCCACCGUUCUAGGCGCAGGUAGCUGCUGGGCUCCGGGGUCCCCUGGCGUCCGGCCUCGGAGCGUGCUUCCCAGGACGGUGACACGCUCCCCUGAGGUUCGGCGGCCACACUGCGCUGCCAGGAGCCACGAUGCAGGAGCCACCGCUGGAGCUCAACAUCGAGCCCCCUCUGAGCCAGGAGACAUUUUCAGAAUUGUGGAACCUACUUCCUGAAAACAACGUUCUGUCCUCGGAGCUGUCCUUGGAGGUGAAUGAGCUGCCGCUCUCAGAAGAUGUCGCAAACUGGCUGGAUGAAGCUCCAGAUGACGCUUCCAGAAUGUCCGCGGCUCCGGCGCCAACAGCCCCUGCCCCAGCCACCCCUGCGCCAGCCAUCUCCUGGCCCCUGUCAUCCUUCGUCCCUUCCCAGAAGACCUACCCGGGCGCCUAUGGUUUCCGUUUAGGGUUCCUGCAGUCCGGGACCGCCAAGUCUGUUACUUGCACGUACUCCCCUUCCCUCAACAAGCUGUUUUGCCAGCUGGCGAAGACCUGCCCGGUGCAGCUGUGGGUCAGCUCCCCACCCCCGCCGGGAACCUGCGUGCGCGCCAUGGCCAUUUACAAGAAGUCAGAGUUCAUGACCGAGGUCGUGAGGCGCUGCCCCCACCACGAGCGCUGCCCUGACAGUAGCGAUGGUCUGGCGCCGCCCCAGCAUCUCAUCCGAGUAGAAGGAAAUAUGCACGCCAAGUACUUGGAUGAUAGAAACACUUUCCGACAUAGCGUCGUGGUGCCCUACGAGCCGCCCGAGGUCGGCUCCGACUGCACCACCAUCCACUACAACUUCAUGUGUAACAGCUCCUGCAUGGGGGGCAUGAACCGACGGCCCAUCAUAACCAUCAUUACCCUGGAAGACUCCAAUGGGAAGCUGCUGGGACGGAACAGCUUCGAGGUACGAGUUUGUGCCUGUCCAGGGAGAGACCGUCGCACGGAGGAGGAAAAUUUCCGCAAGAAGGGGGAGCCUUGCCCUGAGCCGCCGCCCGGGAGCACUAAGCGAGCGCUGCCCCCCAGCACCAGCUCUACUCCCCCACAGAAGAAGAAGCCACUGGAUGGAGAAUAUUUCACCCUUCAGAUCCGGGGGCGUGACCGCUUCGAGAUGUUCCGAGAGAUGAAUGAGGCCUUGGAGCUGAAGGAUGCCCUGAAUGGAAGGGAGCCAGGCGGAAGCAGGGCUCACUCCAGCCACCUGAAGGCUAAGAAGGGGCAGUCUACCUCCCGCCAUAAAAAGCCAAUGUUCAAGAGAGAGGGCCUUGACUCAGACUGACGUCCUCUGCUUCCUGUACGCCCCCCGCCCCCCUCCCACUGACAGCCUCACCCUGUUCUCCUUCCCUGGCAUUUUUGGGACUUGGGACCUUGAACACACAAGCUUGGUGCAUUCCUCUGCUUGGUGCAGGUGCGCCUCUGAAACACCCCGAAUUUUUCCACAUUCCUUCGCCUAAGGCUCUGCUAACAAAGUAGGCCUCAUGAUUGGUUGGUUGGUAGGAAGGUAGGCCCUUCCAGCCUAGAUUUUAAAGAUUUUUUAAUACAAGGAACCAUAGGGGAGGUGGGAAAAUAUUCCUCCCUGUAAAGAGCAUUUUAGAAUCAAUCACACGCUGGGUCACAAACCCAGUUCUCUACCAUUUUAACCUGCUGUGGAAUUUGUUCUAAUUUUAUCGUCCAUUUUUAUGAAAUGCUGAUAACCACACCUACCUCACGGGGUUUGUUGUGAGAGUUAAUGAAAUGAUCUAUGUCUGGCCCCAAAAUAGCUUUUUAUCACAUGAUGUCUGAGACUUGGUGCCUUCGUGGGUGCUGAUUCCCUAAUGUCCCCGUUGGUGGAUGGGAUGUUCAGGUUUCUAUGGCGUGUCCUUGCUGGCCCCGGCCAGAUCCUGUCUUCCCUCCCUGUGAACCCCAGUUCCUAAAAGGAAAUCUCACUCCAUCCUACACCCUGGAGGGAUUCGAUCCCUGGUCUGGGGUCUCUAUCUACCAAGGUCUAUUUACUCCCCCCCGCCCCAGCUACUUAGAAUGAGAUUUUGCACUCUGCGAGGCACAUUGGCAUUCUUUGCCCACACCCCUCCUUCUCCUCCCUUUUUAUACCCCCUUUUUAUAUCAGUUUCAUAUUUUACAAUAAAAUUUUGGUACCACC